GUCAGUCGCAUUUACUCUUUGGUCGGUCGUAAUCAAUCAGACAAUCAAAUUGAUAAGUUUAGUGACAAAUUGCAGCAGCCAAACAAAAAAUGCAGAAAGAAAACUAAUUUGUGAUGAAAUUACUUUUAUCAGCACAUGUGUAGCAUUAAAAACAAAGGCCCAAAACAUGGAAGCGGUACCAAAGUUGCCGUUAAUCAGUUUCGAGUUGAAAGUGAGUCCGGAAAAUACGCAUUUUGGUCCAAAAUUGAAACAGUAUAUCGCGGAAGCGUACAGAGAAGAUCCUGAUAGCUAUAGUAAUGAGAUUCAUCAGUUGGAAGGGCUUCGGUCGGCCGCAGUUAGAGCCACCAGUGACGCGGCAGGCCUUAGCGCACUUGUUAGAUACUAUUGCCAACUUCGGGCGAUGCAGAGUCGGUUCCCUAUGACCAAAGGUGCCCCCGCUGCCUGCACCUUUGCAUGGAAAGACCUCUACGCCAACAUGAGUUACUCACUUGCAGAUAUAAAAUUUGAAAUGGCUUGCAUUCUAUACAAUAUUGGGGCGCUCCACACACAGCUUGGGUCUGCUGAGCCACGUACAACCGCUGACAGCCUGAAGUCUGCAUGUCAGCAUUACCAGUAUGCAGCCUGGGCAUUCCAGUUCCUUAGAGAACAAAACCCCUUGCCAUCGGGGGCUGAUAUUUCCACUGACAUUCUGCCUUUGCUACAGGAGAUCUGCUUUGCACAGGCACAGGAGUGUAUUCUUGAUAAGAGUAUACAGGAUACUAGGAAGCCUAGUGUCAUUGGUGCUGUGGCUACCCAAGUGCUGUAUUUCUACAAGAACUCGCUGGCCCAGCUGGGGCCGUCUGGCAGCAGUGACACCGUACAUGAGAUUGUCGGCACUAAGAUCUACAACUCCUGGUAUCGCUAUCUGUCCUUCAAAAUGUCUUACAUUGGCUGCAUCGUUUGUUUGUACCAAGGUAUCAGUGCAGAAGAGCAACAGAAAAUGGGCGAGAGGGUAGCCUUUUACCAGCAAGCUGUAGACAAACUAGCUGAAGCGAGAAAACUGGCUAAAUACAUUGAACCAGUGCAAGUAACACAAGAUGCUCUAACUUUCACAAAUGAUGUGGUGGAAGGGAAGCGGAAGGCCGCUAAGAAUGAAAACGAGUUUAUAUACCAUGAGGAGGUCCCAGAGAAAGACAUGCUGUCAGAUUUGAAGCCUGUGUGUUUGGUCAGCGCUGUGCCUAUCAACUUUAAUGAUCCAGAGGUGUCAGGGCCAGACAUCUUCGGUCGCCUAGUGCCAAUGGGAGCCCACGAGGCAUCCUCCCUUUACUCUGAAGAGAAGGCCAAGUUGUUGCGCCACAUGGUGAGCCAGGCGGAGGCCAAGGACUCUGAGCUGACAGAGUUCAUGUCCUCGCUGCAGCUCGACCAGCUGGAUGUCUUGGACUCGGACCAGAAAAUCCCACAGGAGAUAGUGGAUAGAUGUGCAGCCAUGAAUGCAAAAGCAGACAUCAUCCAGAACCUCGUGGACUCCAUGAACAGCCUCGCAGAGAUCAUCAGCGACGUGGAGCAUUCGCUUGAGGAAAUCAAAUCACUUAUACAGGAAGAAACCCUAAAAGAAAAGGAGUAUCAAAAGCAAAUGGGCCCUCGACCGCCGUCGAUCGUCCAGACGGAAAUAUCUCGCGAGUACCACAAGUACCAAGAAGCCCACUCGCGCACUAACGAGAGCAACCAAGUGCUGCAUAAAGCUAUGACUUUACAUAUUACUAACUUGAGGCUUCUGUCGCAACCGCUGGACGUUUUACAGACCAAGAUACCGAGCAUCGAAAAUAUUGAGGGGUUAGAUCGUGACACAAUGAAAGAAAUGCGCCGCGUGGUAGGAAAAGCAAAAGAAAUGCAAAAGCAAAGGGACUCUCUAGUGCAGCAACUGCGCACUGCGUUAGCGGACGAUGACGUCACGGCGCAGCUGCUAGCGCGCAGCAACGAGCCGCUCGAGGACAUCUUCAAGCAGGAGAUGGAGAAACACACGCCCACUGUGAAAAUCAUCGAGCAAAACUUGGCGGCCCAAGAGAACAUUAUAAACAAACUGACGUCUCUCUACGCGUCGUACGGCGACUCACGACGGUUGCUCUCAGACGUGUUGAGGAAACGAGAAGGCUUGAUCAAUGCCUUGAUAACGUCGUACGAUACGCACGCGGAGCUGCUGGGCAAGUCGCAGAAGGGGCUGGAGUUCUACAAGAAGCUGUCGCACAACGUGAACGGACUUUUGACUCGAGUUCGCAGCGUGUGUCAGGUGCAGCGCGAGGAGCGCGCCCAACUCAUGGCUACUCAGAAAGCUCCGACACCAGUCACGUCAGCGGCAGCUAAACCUACUGAAUCAGUCCCCGCACCCCCCGCCAGUACGGGCCUCAAGCUGAAAGACUACCUGCCUUAUAUGAAGAGCAGAACCAUGGCCAGAAACAUACCGCCACACGCUCAAAUGGAGCAUUUACCAAACGAAGCGUACUAUCCUGAAACCAUAUACCCAACAUCAGUCAGACCGGCACCUGUUGGAUCUGAGGCAACGGACCUAACACAGCCCAACCUACCUGAUGGCGUUGUGUUGCCACAAGGGAUGCAAAAUGUACAAAACCCAUACGCACGAUAUGCGCAAGCGUACGCGCCAACCGAUAAUGACCCUUACACCCAACAGGCUAACUACGCAUAUCCCAUGAACAAGUUUGGUAAACCCGAGGAAAAUUAUAGUUAUACUUCCUACACGCCACCCCAAUACUCGUCCCAAAUGCCUGACCCGCAAACAUAUACAAACCCCUACUAUUCCGCAACUCAUAAUAAUUCAACUGCUGUGACAGACUCACAAAACCCGACACCUUACUCUACCGAUAACCAAACAAACGUAAAUGCAACUCAAUAUAACGUUUACAAUAAUCCAUAUAAUACGUCAAAUCAACCGCCAUCAACGCCAGAUUCUAAUAUGGCGCAAUAUACUCCUGUGAGUCAAGAUUUCAAUGCGAGCUUUGCUCAAAUGCAAAUUUCUGCACCGAAAAAUGAACCAGUCGCCAACUAUGGGGGCGAAUACGGCCAAACGCAAUUUAGCGUUCAAUAUCCCCAAUCGUACACCCCAAAUAUGGCGACAUAUAGCAGCGCUGGACAGAACUCCAAUACUAACAAUACUAACAUAGUGGGCUCGCCCAUGCCUGCAGAUAAUAAUUAUCCUUACGUUAACGAUCCUAUGGCACAGUAUGGACAGACUUCGAUGCCAAAUGUCUCCAAUCCAACAGCACAGUAUGGCCAAACUUCACAAAAUGUAUCUAAUCCAAUGGCGCAGUAUGGCCAAACUUCACAAAAUGUUUCUAAUUCAUCAGCACAAUAUGGCCAAUCUUCUCAAAAUGUUUCUAAUCCAUCAGCACAGUAUGGCCAAUCGUCUCAAAAUGUCUCAAAUCCAACGGCACAGUAUGGCCAAUCUUCUCAAAAUGUCUUAAAUCCUACACCACAGUAUGGCCAGACUUCUCAAAUUGUUUCUAAUCCAUCAGCACAGUAUGGCCAAACUUCUCAAAAUGUUUCUGAUCCAUCAGCACAGUAUGGCCAAACUUCUCAAAAUGUUUCUAAUCCAUCAGCACAUUAUGGUCAAUCUUCUCAAAAUGUUUCUAAUCCGUCAGCACAUUAUGGCCAAACUUCUCAAAAUGUUUCAAAUCCAAUGGCGCAGUAUGGCCAAAAUGUAAUGCCAAAUACGUCUAAUCCGAUGGCUCAGUAUGAUGCAACCUCAAUAUCAAAUGUUAUCAAUCCACAGUACAGCCAAACAUCGGUACCAAGUGAUCCAGCUGCAAACACAUUCAAUCCCCAAGCUCAUAAUCAAAUGACGAAUUUCCCAAAUGCCAUGCAAAAUGUUUCUACCCCAUCUAACCAAACACCAAAUUUUUCAAAUCAGCAGAAUAUUUCAGGUCCAAGUCCAACGCAAUAUUUUAUGUCAAAUACUUCUAUUUCUGCUGCACCUGAACUUUCCAACCCUAUGCAACAUUCUCCAAAUUUUGCAAAUACAAUGCAAAACACCCAAAUGUCUGGACCAACCGCAUUGAACCCGAACCCGUUGUCAAACCCGAUGCAAGCAGGACCUCGUUCUAUCCCCAAUUCGUCUAGCGCCAUUCCAAACAUUUCGGGCUAUGGAGUUGAUCAGCAAUAUCCCUUUUCUACUGCUUAUGAAAGUAUAUCUCAAGGAUACGUGUACACAAAUGCUGACAGCACUAUGACAUCUACUAACGUAACUGCGUACAGCGCAGGGCAACCGUACUGCCUUCCAAACGAAGCUACACCGUACGUCGAUCCAAGUUUAGCACAGCUAGAUGCCCUCGACAAACCUAUCAAAUCACACGUCACUGGCGAAGCGCUGUCGACUGGCAUUCGAAAACAAAUAUAUAACCCCAUGAGUCAAAUGCCAAACCAAAGCUAUCAACCAACCAGUGCGCAAUACCCGGACCAAUCUAACACGAGUUACGGACAAGCAUACCAAAACCAUCCUGGAUACACUUACAAUGCUACUUCAGGAAGUUAUGACUAUAAUUACGGGUCGCAAAACACUAACACGAAUUACGGACAAUCAAAUGUUGAUCCUCAAUCGAUGGCAAAGGAUCCCAACUGGAAUGCCGCGGGAGUCUAUACUAGUGCGGGACCUUGUCAAACGGUGCAGUCCCCAUCUGACAUUCCACCAAAUAAUGUGCCUGCAGAAGAACCGAGCAAUUCACAGAUUUAUUAUAAUCUACCUUACGGUUACCUAACUGUCGCAAACCAGGCAAAUGAGGUUGCGUCUCAGUCUAUGCAAGUAACUACCAACUAUGGCGCCAACGUAAACUGCUCGACCUAUAUGCAAUCCGGACCGAAUCAAGACACUAGUGUGACAUUUACUACCAACCAAGUGCCAACUGCAAAGGAAAAUGUCGCCGAACAGCCUCCCAAACCAACCGAGGCAAUAGAUCCUCCUCCUGUAGAAACAACUCCAAAGGAAACCCCAGAAAUUCAACCCGUUGAGGAUAAAGUCGAGGAACCAAAGCCUGAACCGACUGCGUUUGACCUCCUAUCCGAAAUUGAUUUCACAGUGAAACAUAAACCAUUAAUGCCUGAAAUAAAAGUGCCUCAGAUAUCCGAAAAAGCAAUCUUUAAACCUAGUGUAGUUCCCAAAGUAGAACCCGUAAAACCAGUAGUUAAAGAGGAAAUUAUAGAAAGGCCUGCGAAAAGGGAUCUCUUUUCUGAUCCUAGUUUGCUGAACAGCUUUACGCAGGAGGUGAAAAAUUUACACAAACUGACUGACUCUUUGACUAAUAAGACUCCUAGUGGAUUAACCGUUUUAGAUUCCAAGUGGAAGAGUUUUCAAGAUACGCAGGCAAAAGAAAACAUGACUAGAUCUAAGUCAGUAGCAAUGCGGUCGUCUGAAAACGUAGUGACAGGAGUAGUGCCUUACGAUGACUCCCGACUUACCUUGAAAUCUGAUCCUGACGCUUACAUCAACGCUUCUUAUUACAAGCAAUUAGCCUCGUGGUGCAUACCAAUAGUGAUAUCAAAAUGUCCACAAGAAAAGGAGUAUACAAUUUUUUGGAAAGCAAUGUUAGAAAAUAAGAUUACUUGCAUUGUCUGUUUGCUCAGUGAGAUUGAGAUGUCAGGAAACGCAUACUGGCCGACAGCAAAAGGGCAAUCCAUAGAUUUAGCGGACGGCCUUCGAGUCACAUUGGAAGAUGUAACCUGUAACGUGCAUUGGACUGAAAGGAAACUGACCAUAGCGCUAGGGAAGAACGUGUCAAAGGUUACACAUUACCAGAUCAACGUAUUUCCGGCUAAGAUCGUAUGCCCUCCCCUAGUGUUGCUAGCAGAUAAGAUGCUCAGCAUAACAUAUGAAGGAAGACUGAGCAACCAACUGUGCGGAGCGUGUAUACAAUGCAGCACUGGAGCGGGAAGGAGUUCUGUUCUUGCGUUACUUGUAUUGGUGAUGUGUCAAGUGCGAGCUGGAUUUUUGGACCUCUGUGAUAUGCUAGACGCAGGGUGCGUGAAUUUGUACAAGCAUCGAACGAACGUUCUAGAAGACACCAAGUAUCUAGCGGACGCUUACAGAACUGUUCUUUUCUACGCGCAGGGUGUACUUUGUUCCGGUACGACCAUGUUCAACGGCGAAGCUGUAUCGGUAGCCACCGGCGCGUCAAUCCUACCCCCUGUGACGCCUUCCCCCGCCUCUACAACCGCCCCCGGCAGCAGCCACGCUACCCUCAAACCGAAGUUUUCUCGCGAAUCCUUCGAGGAGAUGCGUCAGGCCCCUGGACUCACGAGCGGUGAUAUGAAGGACCCACUCAACUUCCUCGACCCGCUGUGGAGCUUGAAAAAGAAGUAAAAUUUACUUUCACCUUGUAAUCACUUUUUCCCUCCCCAACGUCUACAACUAACCUCGGCAGAAUUCUAGUGGCUAGUUCGAAAUGUCACUCUACCGAUGUCCUGAAAUCUUUACUUAUUUUACAGGAUACACGACAUAUCCUGUAAAAUAAGUAAAGAUUUCAAGCUCGCUACGCUCGCGCGGAGUAUUCAGCUGGAAUAGGUGUACUUUAUUUUGUUUGUUAAAAUUGUACCUAAAUUGUAACACAAUCAACAAAAUGUUCAACUGCAUUGUAUUAUUAAGAGCCUGUGUUAAAAACAAAAGACAGGAUGUAAUUUUUUUAAACCAAUAAAGGUGUUAUAGUAUUGUUUGUAAUUUACGAAAUCCCAAUCCUACGUAUUAAUGAUAUUUACUAUGUAAAAUUUUAAACUACACAUUUAAUCAUUAAUCAUGUAUCAUUUGUAAAGCUGCAAACACAUUACUGUGUUAUGCUGUGUCCUGCGACAGAAAACCUUUGAAGACGUGCUCACUAAAUUGUCAUUUCGAUGUCAAAUGUCACAGUAAUGUAUCUACAGCUUUACAGUUGACUAGAUUUUAAUUUAUUUAUGUAACAUUCCUAAGUUAGUAAUGAAAUAAUGAAUGAAAUUUUGUAUCAAUUAAAUAGCUAAUAUGAUUCUUACAUAAAAUUUGUAACAGUUGGUAAACGAUUUAAUUAGUGGACUAUGUAGUAUUAUAACAUUUUAUGUAACAAGUUAUUAUAAAAUUAUCGUAGUUUGUAAUCGGCUGAUUCGUAAGAUAGAAUUUUUUAAUAUUACCUGAGACUGUUAUGUGUAAAAUAUCGUAACUAUGUAUCGAUUCUACAAUAAAUAUUGAAAAAUA